UAGGCGCGGCCCUCGCGCAGCGGCUGCCUCUGACUUUCACUUUCUAUUUCAGCUAACAGGAAACCACCGCUGCCGUCUUCGUGUCCAGGAGUUACAGAAGUCCCUGUGGACGUGCUGCUGGACGCUGUGAGGAAACAACCCGCCUGAAAAACAAAGAUGGACGGAGGUCCCGAAGUUAGAUCCCUCCAGGAAGCCAAGGAGGAGCUGAAAACAUGGAGGGUCAAACUGGAGAAGGCUGAUGACAUGAAAGCCAGGCUGAUAUUGGAAAAACUGGAAGAAGCUGACAACAAGGCCAAAGCCCAGCAGGAGAUGAUGGCUUAUUUGAAGAAGCAGGAGAAGAUUAAAGAAGAGUGUGAUCAAAGCAUGAAAGUAGUGCAGAUCCGAACACAGAUUCCCGACACACAGAUCAAGUUUGUGUCUGGACAUAAAGAAGUGGGAGAGGAAGAUGAUAACUCCUGUCUGCCCAUCAGGGGCGUGUUCACCAUCUGCCAGAUUCCUGCCGUGUGUCUUCAGGGAGGACAGGCACUCGUCACCUUUGAGGAGGAAAAAGGUAAGCAGGGCCCUGAGACCGGGUCCGGGCCGUGUUCAGGCCGUGUUCAGGCCGUGUCCAAGCCAUUAUCAGGCCGUGUUCAGGCCGUGUCCAUGCCAUUAUCAGGCCGUGUAGGGGCCGUGUCCCGCCCGUGUUCGGGCCAUGUUCAGGCCAUGUCCGGGCCGUUGGCCUCUCAAAUCCUAAAGCUUGCCAAGUGCUCCGUGUCCUGUGACAGCGCAUGUGUGGAUGUGAGACCCAGAAGAGUCAUCAUGGACAGUGCUGUCAAAUAUCAGGUCUGCCUGGAUGUUUCCAGAAAGAAGCUGGAGGUUUCCAACAUCCCCACUGCCAUGCCAGAGGACAGGCUGAGGGACCGGCUAGAGAUGAGCUUUUCCAAGCCCAGUAGGGGAGGAGAUGAGGUGGAGGAGGUGGACUAUGACGAGAACUCGGGCACAGGAUGCAUCACGUUUCUGCGCCCUGGAGCUGCUGAAAAGCUGGCGAUGAGAAAGGAGUACAACAUACGUCUGGACUCUGAGGUGAAAGUGAAGGUCGGACCAGCAUUCGAGUACCAGCUUAACAAGUUUCAGACAUUUUGUGGGAUCACAAAGCGGACCAUCCUCCUUGAAGGCAUCAAGGACGUAGCAGACGAGGAAGACCUGCAGGACCACAUUGAAAUCCACUUUCAGAAGCCCAGCAAUAGCGGAGGUGAGAUAGAGAGCAUCAAGUACAUCUCCAAGGGCAAAGCUCGGCAGGCGUUUUUCAGCGAGGACACGAUGGACAACUGACCUGAACCCCUAACCCUAACCCUAGCUCUAAAACAGUCUGACUGCUCGGAGCACAAACUCAAGUGUAAUGGUAAACUACAUGAUCUUUUCUGGGACGUUGGAUAUAAAAUGUGUGUAUUUUCAGAUAACCUUUUCGAUUCAGAUACGCAAAACGCUUAAACAUAAAAUUACUGUCAACAUUUGGACGGUAAAGUCUGACCGGAUGAUCAUCAUGUAACAGCCUCAGAUGUCAACUGACAGUUUAAUUCAUGACAAGGUGUGUCAAAGCCGUUUGUGCUCCAUCAUUAAUGGUGUGUUUAUCCCAAGCUUUGAUGCUUCAUAUUACACAUGUUUUAAAGCACAAAUCAAACAGUGUGCUGAGACUAAACAUAAUCAGGGCAAAAUCUGCUUUAUUAAAGAAAUCUGGUGAUUUUUGGUUCUACUUUGCCCCUUUAGUCUUCAUAUGAACAAUUUAAGCAUGAACUUAAGAUGUUUUACUCUGGGGAUUAAUAAAAAUCGGAAUCAUUAAUAAUCGUCUGCUGUAUUUUUCACUAACCUGACUGAAUUUACCAAGAGACACAUUUUUUACUGUCUUACUGCAAACAGUUGUGCCAUACAGAAUCAGAAA